AUGAGUUCUCCGGAAAUCGGCAAAAGAGCGUGGCACCGCACCACCAUCUUCAACAUCUCGAUUAUUGCAGUAUGCGCUUUCAUCGCACCUGGCCUAUGGGCUGCAAUGAACGGAUUAGGGGGAGCAGGCUCAGCAGAUCCUUAUUACGUGAAUGCUGCAAAUGCGGUUAUCUUCUGUCUGCAGUUCGUGGUCUGCAUCUUCGGAAGUUCUCUCAUAGCAAAAAUCGGCCUCAAAUGGGCUUUUUCAUGUGGCAUGAUCGUAUUUCCGAUUUAUGCAUCUAGUGUGUAUUGCAAUAUCAAAUACAACAACACAUGGUACAUCAUGCUCGCUUGUGUGAUUGACGGCAUCUUGUCAGGUAUAUUUUGGCUCACAGAAGGCGCAAUUGUACUGGCAUACCCGGAAAAGCAUCGACGGGGAAAAUACCUGGCUUAUUGGCUUGCUAGUCGCAUCGUGGGGCAGAUGAUAGGUGGCGCUGUCACACUGGGGGUUAAUGCCGAAAAUAAAGAGAAAGGUCAUAUCAGUGUGCAGACUUACCUUGUAUUCAUUUCAAUUCAAGCUAUUGGACCGUUCAUCGCAGCAAUGCUAUCGCCGCCCGAAAAAGUACAGCGAUCCGACCGGACAAAAGUCAUUAUCAAUUUACCACAAGGCCUCAGUACUGAGAUCCAGGCCAUGUGGAGACUUUUGCGGAGAAAAAGAGAUACUACUUCUCUUACCCAUGAUCUUCCAAAGUGUCUUCUCAGAGGCUUUCUUUUCGACCUAUAA